AUGAUAGUUAAGGGUCACGCCACACCCCCACAUGCCAUGCCACACCCCCACAUGCCACGCCACACCCCCACAUGCCACGCCACACCCCCACAUGCCAUGCCACACCCCCACAUGCCAUGCCACACCCCCACAUGCCACGCCACACCCCCACAUGCCACGCUACACCCCCACAUGCCACGCCACGCCCCCACAUGCCAUGCCACACCCCCACAUGCCAUGCCACACCCCCACAUGCCAUGCUAUGCCAUGCCACACCCCCACAUGCCAUGCCACACCCCCACAUGCCAUGCCACACCCCCACAUGCCAUGCCACACCCCCACAUGCCAUGCCACACCCCCACAUGCCAUGCCACACCCCCCCCACAUGCCACGCCACACCCCCACAUGCCACAUGCCACACCCCCCAUGCCAUGCCACCCCACAUGCCACACCCCCACAUGCCACGCCACACCCCCCACAUGCCACACCCCCACAUGCCACACACCCCAUGCCACCCCCACAUGCCAUGCCACACCCCCACAUGCCAUGCCCCACCCCACAUGCCAUGCCACACCCCCACAUGCCACACCACACCCCCACAUGCCACGCCACACCCCCACAUGCCACGCCACACCCCCACAUGCCACGCCACACCCCCACAUGCCACGCCACAUCCCCACAUGCCACACACCCACAUGCCACACCCCCACAUGCCACACCACACCCCCACAUGCCAUGCUACACCUCCACAUGUCACGCCACACCCCCACAUGCCAUGCCACACCCCCACAUGCCACGCCACACCCUCUCAUGCCAUGCCACACCCCCACAUGCCACGCCACACCCUCUCAUGCCAUGCCACACCCCCACAUGCCACGCCACACCCUCUCAUGCCAUACCACACCCCCACAUGCCACGCCACACCCUCUCAUGCCAUGCCACACCCCCACAUGUGACGCCACACCCUCUCAUGCCAUACCAUGCCACGCCACACCCUCUCAUGCCAUACCAUGCCACGCCACACCCUCUCAUGCCAUACCAUGCCACGCCACACCCCCACAUGCCAUGCCACACCCCCACAUGCCACGCCACACCCCCACAUGCCAUGCCACACCCUCUCAUGCCAUACCAUGCCACGCCACACCCUCUCAUGCCAUGCCACGCCACACCCUCUCAUGCCAUGCCACGCCACACACUCUCAUGCCAUGCCACACCCUCUCAUGCCACGCCACACACUCUCAUGCCAUGCCACACCCUCUCAUGCCAUGCCACGCCACACCCUCUCAUGCCAUGCCAAAUGCCCACAUGGUGGCGAUUGAAAAUGCUAACUUUAAAAGGUCACGCCCCUCACCCCCCAGGUGA